UGUUCUCAUUUAUCUUCUCUCAAAAGUCAACGGUCAAACUCCAAAAGUCUCCUCUGGCCAAACUCUCUUCCUCGUCCUUUUAAACCACACAAAUCCGUCUGAGAGAGACACACACCUGACAACUCUCCGGCAACUAACAAACAAAAAUGGAAACUUCCCGUUUUACCCUCCCCCUUCUUCUCCUCGCCACCUCCUUCCUCCUCCCCCUCUCCGCCCAAAUGACCGGCAACUUCAAAUGCGGCUCUCCCGGCGACUCAAACAGCACGUGUCGCUCUCUCGUCGGCUACUCGACCAAGAACGCCACAACGUACGCCAGCAUCAAAACCCUCUUCGCCGUGGAGAACCUCCGCUCCAUCCUCGAAGCCAACAACCUCCCGCUCUCCACCACAGGCGCUCAGCGCGUGAACCCAAACCAGGUCGUGCGCGUACCGAUCCCUUGCACUUGCUCAAACGGAACCGGCGUCUCCACCGAUGUUCCGGUUUACACCGUCAAGCAAGGGGACACGCUCUCCGCCAUCGCGUCCGAGCUGUUCGGAGGGUUGGUUCGUUUCCCGAGGAUCAGCGAGAUGAACAAGAUCCCCAACGCGAACGAGAUCGUGAUCGGUCAAAGGGUGUGGAUCCCUUUGCCGUGUAGCUGCGAUAAGGUGAACGGUCGAGAUGUUGUCCACUAUGCACACGUGGUUAAAUCCGGAAGCUCCCUCGGCGCGAUCGCUGCUCAGUUUGGAACUGACAACGGGACGCUGGCUACGCUCAAUGGGAUCUCCGGCGAUGCUCAGCUCCUCGCUGAUAACCCUCUCGACGUCCCUCUCAGAGCCUGUAGCUCUUAUGUAAGGAACAACUCGUUGGAUGCUUCUUCUAUGCUUUUGCCUAACGGAUCAUACUCCAUCACUGCAAACAAUUGCAUCAGGUGCUCUUGUGAUGCGUCAAAAAAUUGGACUCUAAGCUGUGAAGCUUCUCAGCUUAGGCCUACGACCUGGCAAACUUGCCCGCCUACACGAUGCCCAGGAGGAGAGAAUUUGCUUCUAGGUAACACGACUAGUACCUCUUGCGGACCUCGUUCUUGCGCCUAUGCUGGUUACUCGAACCAGACAAUCCUCACAACCCUUUCCCCGGAUCCUUGUUCAGGUUCUGAUGGUUCUACACCUUCAGGUAACUAUGCUUCAACGUUCAGCCCAAGCUUCAGUUUCGUGGUGUUGUUUAUUCAGUGUGCUCUGUUCUGUGCAUGCCUUCUCUAGUUAUGUAAUAAUUUUGUGUUUGUGAGUGUGAAUUUAAAGUACAGUUCGUGAUUGAAAUAAAAACAUUGUUCCACAAGAAGCAUGGCUUUUUGUGUUUGUAUCUAUGUAUUAUAUUCAAAAUAAUUUCAACU